UUUCGAAAACUGGGAUGAAAGUACAUAAAGAAACCGCGAAUGAAGCUACCAGGAAGCAUGAAGCUAUAUAUGAAGUUGAAAGAUCUUUAACAACCGCAUCUUGAAUUCUGUCGCCAGAAGCGAAAAAGUUUCCCAGAAAAAUACGACAAAUUACGCACGCUGAAGAAAUUUUAAUGAUAAAAUGACAAUGAGAUCUCGAGACUUGAUGAAGAAGCUAAAUAGACAGGAAGAAGUCCGCCAGACCGGAACUCCAAAAGAAAACAUUAGGACUACGUUCAGAAAUAUCAGUAUUCAGUGACAACAAAAGUAAAACGAUACAUGAGGGCACUCGGGUAGUGUUUCUGAACGUAACCUAGUGAAGAUCUUAGAUUGCUGGCGACUGCUGACCUCCCAACGAGUCGCCGGCAUAAGAGGACAUUCUGCCGUGUCUCGAUCGUUGACGUCACAAUCCCAAAACGGCUGUCGCGAGAGCGAAGGCGUCCCAUUUAGCAGCGUCAGCGUGGUCCGCUGCUCCGACCAUCAUCGGAAACCCUUUCGAUUCGAGUAGGCUCGAAGCCCGCCGAGCCCGCGAGUGGUGCGAGAGAGAAGAGAGAAAGGAUCGGGUGGGAGGGAGACAAGGAGAGUUGCUGAAGAGUGGCGUCCGCAUGGCGCAUGGCGAGGCCUGAAUGCCCCUGAUGUGAACGGCCACGAGAGUCCCGCGAGUGCUACGACAACGCCUGCAUUUUGUCUACCUUUGCGGCAGGAUGUCCGCUGGUGGACGACGGUGAACGGCGAGCGAGCGUAGUUCCGCGCGGGGAACCGGUUCGCAACGAUCCGUGUGUUCACCGAAAGAGUGAACUCGAGAUUCUCUCUGAAGCUCUGCUCCGGCGUUCGCGUGGAGGGAAGAAGAGGAAGGUGAAAGCGAAGUCGUGUCAACUAGAUUCCCCCGAAGCAGGUGCGCGUCUCGACCACCCCCCCACGUUUCGCGCGAACAUCGUCGGCAGGGCAUGCCCGUGUCAACGCAUCCCGGCCGUGCCAGUGUCGCGCACGGCGCGCGGUUCGUCGGCUAACCUAAUUCGCUCGGAAUCUGCUCGGAUCUCGGCGAUACGAACGCGAAUCUUCGCACACGAUGGCCGCGAGCAGUAACUGGGACAAGAUCUGUCGACUGUGCUCGGAGGAAAGAAACGAGAUGCUGCCCAUCUUCGGCGACGAAGGCUUGCAGCGCAGAGUCGUACAGAAGCUGCGCGCCUGCCUACCCGUGCUCGUCUACAAGACUGACCCCUUGCCGAAGCAGAUUUGUCAAUUUUGCGCGGCCAGACUCGACGACGCCUAUGAAUUCAGAGACUUCUGUUUGAACGUCUACAGGAGUAUGCACGCCGUCUUGCUGAGGUACAAGCAGAACGAGUCUGCCCAGAUAUUCCUCGACGCAAUGAGGAACUCGUCGGACCCGUGCCAGGUCCAACUCUGCAAGGAGAAGUGUAGAGCUCCACCUCCAUUAGUUCCCUUAUCAACUGCCCUGCCUUUUGAUGACUCAGCAACACCGAUCAAUCAAGGUAAUCAAGAUCAUCUUCAAAAUGCCUGCAUGGAAACUUUGUCCGAAUUGCCAUGCGAGGUGGAAAUCAAGGAGAUGAAUAUGGACCCUAUUUUAAGUGCUGAAACUGCUGAUUGUGAACCACUGAAUAAAAAGCGCAAAUUGUCAGACAUGUAUUUUGGCAUGGAUAUGCAAAUAAAAACGGACCUCUUUUCCAUAUCUGAUAUGGAAGAAGCAAGAGCACCUAAAAUGGACUAUCAAGCCAAGAAAGAGGAGAAACGAACUAGUAUUCUGGAACAAGUACUGACUGGCCAUCUGACAAUGAAUAAUCAUCAGAAGUUACAAUCUAGAACAAAGUUAACUUCCGAAUGGUGGUGCGCACCCUGCAACAGUUAUUAUAAAACAAAGGACAUUCUCAUGAAGCACAUGCAGUUGCACUGCCCGCGUGUAUAUACUUGUAGAAAAUGCUCUGAAUCCUUUGAAUCCGUUGAAAUUCUAGCAAGACAUGAAGCCAGUAACCAUUUGAAGGUCAAACUGGAUUUCACGGAAAACUUGAAUGGCUGUGAUCAAUGUGACCGGCAAUUUAUAAGCUGGGAAAUGCUGAAACAACACAGAUUGCGCGAUCAUCUGGCCAAAUUGACCGAGAUUGGAACUAACACGUGGUGUUCAUUGUGCAAUAGAUUUUUCCCUACAGUAGAAUCUUAUCAACGACAUAUCCAGUUACAUCAAACAAGCUUGACAAUGUUGCCAAAAUUGCCAUCUUCGGAAUCCAUAGUAACAAAAAUAACGGAUCGACCGAGAGAGAUUAGACGAGAUGAGCAAUUUUAUGAAAAUACCAAAUUUCUCGAGUGUCCCACUUGCGGGAAGAUUUGUACUCAGCAGAGCGCAUUAUCAAAUCACAUGCGCACUCACGAACCAAAAAAGCACAAAUGCGACAUUUGCGGCCGAUCGUUCGGACUUUUUAUACGCUUGGCUGCACACAAAAUAUCGGAACAUAAUGAACAGCCAAUGAUGCCACCAGUCUUGUCGGCAGUCGAGCAGGAGGAAGCCUUAAAUGCUGAGAGAGAAGCAAGGGAAGCUAAAGCUCGCAGUGCCAAAAGAUCUUUUCCCGAGAUGGAGAAGAACGAUGUUCCGAUAGAUGAGGAAUCCCUAAAACGUACUUCUAGUGGACAUAAAAACGUAGCGAGAUGCGGCAUUUGCUUAAAAUGGUUCAAUGACCACACAACAAUGUUAAUGCAUCUUGAGACGCACUCGGACAAUUCUCACAAAAAUUAUAUGUGUCAUGUAUGUAAAAAAUCAUUUAAGGAGCAUUCACAGCUGUUAAAGCAUGAGGCUUGUCAUAAACGCCUUACGCUCGAUAAUGCCUCACUACACACAUCCGCUGUUUACAACAAAUCAUUCGUGGACAAGGCGCAUCAAAAAACGCACACGGUGGAUAAAACCUAUCACUGUGCGAAGUGUAAUAAAAUCUUUUUCAAAGAAGUAUCAUUACUCUCUCAUCAAUGUACGGGCGGAGCGUUGGUUGCAAAGAAAGUCGCCGUGAAACCUCAGAAAGCAUCGCCUCAUGUCGACAACAAGACGUAUAAAUGCUCCAAAUGUGACGCGACUUUCGCAAGCCCGCAGUCACGAAAUGCUCACAUGAAAAUGCACACCGAAUACAUGCGCGGUAGUAAGGCGCAGACACGUGAGAUUAAAGUCGAAGCGGAUGACGAACCGAUGCCAAAAUUACGUCCGGAAGCGCUACUGGAAUACGACGUGUCUCCUAUCGAACCAAAGGUCGAAAUUAACGAGCAGAGUACACCUCCACCUCUCAAACGAACUCUCAUUAAAAGUUCUAGCGGAUAUCGGUGCGGGGUGUGCCAAUCACCAUUUGUGUCGAGGGAGUUAGCCGUAGCGCAUUUGAGAUCCGCACAUCCCGUGAUGCCAUAUCAGUGCCCUUAUUGUAAAAAACGCUUCACGACACAGUAUAUGUUUACCCAUCAUAUCAAGACAGAGCAUCCCAACGAGCCCGAAAAAUGAAAAACGUUUGGAUCACGCUGAAAAAAGCGGACAGGUCAAAACUAUAUCACAGCAUGUGCCUCGUAUUAUGUAUGUAUGUAUGUAUGUAUAUGUGCGUAUGUAUUUGUGCGUGAGAGAAAGAGAGAGAGAGACUUCUGUUUAUAUUGUCCAGAAACUAGUGAAGCGUAUAUAUAUGCAUAUACUCUGUACAGUGUGUCGAUUAUCAGAGCUGUUAACUGGCCUUGAGAACUUUUUUAUUGCAUAACUGCAGACAUACAACGUUGAAGUGUUUGUUACACGAGGCUAUUGAAAUUAGUACUUACACUGAACGUGCCUGUAUAAGUGCUUUGUUUUACAAUUAUUGUAUGAAUAAUUCCCAACAGAUUUUAAUCAUGAGAGUUUGCUUGGGAAAAAGCAGCCCCAGAGCGACGAUCAGACAGAUCUCGAGCGUGAAAAUCGGAACAUUCACGGAUUGUCACAUAAAUUUUAGUGAUGAUUAGCGGCGAUAGAAAUUUAAUUAUACAAUUUGUACCAUAUGAUUUAUACUUUAGAUUUAAUUGUGUACAUUUCACCCGUGACGCGUGUUAAAUGUAGUUCGGUAAAUAUAUCUCUCAGGAGUUCUAAAAUCUUGAUUAUCACUGUAGGAAUAUUCUCCGGACUGUUUCACCACGAAUGAUGUUAUUCAAUUUUACAAUGCCAAUGUUGUAAGUUAUCUUGUGUUUUUUUAUGACUCUUUGAUACCUCCAACGGCACGAUACUCCGAUACGGAGGGGGGGAUGGGGGAGGUAUCAAGAAUUCUAGGAUGUUUAAUUCGCGUUAAGAGAUACAUUCCCUUUUAAACGUUUUUGUGCAUCCAUGAUGAUGCCCAUUUCGUGUUACGGUUUCACCGUUGUGAUUGCCUUGCGAUGCAACGCCAAAGUUUCUCUUCGAAGAAUACCAACUAGCGUCGUCGUCGCAAUGAGCGACGAGUCAGGCGUUCCUAACCGAUAGCGAUGUCGCAUAAUUUAAAUGUACACGAACUUUAUAAGUUUAUUUUAUAUAUAUCUGAUUUACAAUAAACUAUUACUGAAAAUAUUACA